AUGGUCAAUAUUCAAGCAUUUAUAGCUUCUGUACAAAAUUUGACGGGAGACGGUACAAGUAACGAUCUUGUUCAUUUUUGCCGUAAAUGGUUCGACGAAAACAACGACAAACUCAAUUUUGUUGAAGCUGAUCGUUUAUUAAAUCAAUUGGUGCAGUCUCAAACUACAACGUCUUUUACUUUGGCAAUUGUUUGUUGUUUGUUUUGCAAGGUGACAAAAGUGAAGACAGAAAAUGAAUUGAAAGAUUUUUUGAUUGGAUUCGAUGAGGUUCUUCCAAAUUUUGAUGUUCAACAAUUGCAUUGGGCGCCGGAUAUUUAUACUCGUCUUCUCGAAUUUACAACAGAUUUGCUAAUAAAAAAGAAAGUUGCAAUUUGGGGAAUAAAUUUGUUAAAAACAUCAAUUUUAAUUUUUACACAAGGAAAUUCUAAUUGGUUAACAAAUAUUCACCCAUUUUUGUUUUGUUUGUGUCUUAAAGCUCGCUAUUUUGAUAAUAUUGAACCUUUCUUAAAAAUUGAUGUAACACAAUUAUUGAAGCAAUCGUAUAGUGCUGUUAGUUUUCAAACAAGUCAACAGCAACAACAAAAUGUGACUUCGACUGAUAAUUCGAAUACGUCUACAACUCAACAACAACAACCGCCACAAUCAUCAACAACAACAACAACAGCCCCUACAAAUUCGAGUAGUUUAACUUCGACGGCAGUUUCUUUCUUACAAAAAGCUGUCAACACGUUUUCUGGAACUUUUGGCAAUACAAAAAGUGAUGUACCUUGCAAUAAACCUACUCUUCAAAGUUUGUUUUUUUUUAAUUUCUGGGGCUGUUUAAAGGGGGUGGGGAUUUCUUGCUGA